AUGCUGAGCCGAGGGGCUAAGCUGGAUGUGGUGGGAGAAUUCGGGAACACUCCUCUACAUUUUGCUUGCAAAGCAAACCAUCUCAAGAUUGUGUUCAUGAUGCUCGAGGCCAGGGCGGCGCAUCUGUGACUUGCAGAAAUGACUACGGCAACACUCCAUUCGCAAUGUCUGUCAAUACGGAUAUAAGACAUAUGCUGAGGCUGGUGAUGGUGAACAAAGAAUCAGGAAGAGAGCAAGUGAAAGCCGAAGCACUCCGGAGGCUGGAAAUUGAAAAAGAAGCUCAGGAGAGAGACCGGAUGCGUCUGCAGGCUAUAGAAAACGAGAGAAAACAGCAGGAGGAUUACGAUCUCUCCAGGAGAGAGGCCAUCUUAGCAGAAGAGAAGCGAAUUGAGGAGGAAGACGCUGAAAGGGAGCACCUCGAAGAGGAAGAGCGAAGACGACAGGAGGAGGCUAGAAUUGAGGCGGAGAGGCUGGAAGCCGAGAGGAUCAAAGCCGAGAAGAAGCAAAAGAAAUACGAGAAGUGGCUGGCCAAGAUGAAGAAGAAAAACCCGGGCUUCGUCGAUCCGAGAAUCAUCAAGGCUCAAAAGGCGGCAGCGAAAGCGGCGGCCAAAGCCGCCAAAGCAAAGAAGAAGAAAUAGAAUCCUCAGGAGGGUGAAAUAUGCCGGUCCACCGAUGUUGCGCCACGUCCUUCUUUGGGCUUCACGUUCCUUUUAACGUUCUGAGACGAUGCUCUCAAGCGCAAAGCUGGCGAUGAAGCGAACAAGAAGGUAAAAAUGGUCCAAAUAAAGAGUCGCUCAAUGUUUACCUCUAGUUUUUAGAAAAAGAAAUAUAUUUCACAAUCCCUUUCUAUGUU